AUUAAAAAAUAAACAAAAUAACAAAAGAUUGUUAAGUCUCAUUUACAAUGUGAGGGAUUAUAUAAUCUUCAAUGGUUAAUGUAUCUUGUGCGAAUUAAUUCUCUGUCUUCUCUCUCACCGGUUAACUUGGCCCUGUAGUUGUGUUCUCUCUCUGGUACGUACAAAAGGAUGACAAGCCAAGCCUCAAAGAUCCCAGAGACAAUCUACGAUCUCACUGUUAAGGAUGCUCAAGGAAAUGAUGUAGAUCUUAGCAUUUACAAGGGGAAAGUUCUGCUCAUCGUCAAUGUUGCUUCCAAAUGUGGACUGACUGACUCAAACUACGCAGAGCUGAACCAGCUUUAUAAGAAGUAUAAAGAUCAAGGCUUUGAGAUUCUGGCAUUUCCAUGCAACCAAUUUGAUGAACAAGAGCCAGGAACUAAUGAAGAGAUUACAGAAUUCGUUUGUACUCGUUUCAAGUCAGAAUUUCCAAUUUUCGGCAAGAUUGAAGUCAAUGGUGACAAUACUGCUCCAGUAUACAAGUUCUUGAAAGCAGGGAAAUGGGGAUUUUUCGGAGAUAAUAUUCAGUGGAACUUUACCAAGUUUUUGGUGGACAAAGAUGGGAAAGUGACCGAUCGGUAUUACCCCACCACACCUCCACUUGGCCUUGAGCAUGGCAUAAAGGAGCUCUUGGGGGUUGCUUGAUUGAUGAUCAUGUGAAGGCAUAACCUAACAUUUUAAGAGUUUAAAUAUGGUUUCAGUUUAUGUGUUGGGAUGUUUGUGUUGCAAUUUAUUUACCUGUUAUAAAUGCAAGUUAUGUUGAACAAGGUCAACAUAACUAUGAAUCGUGAACUUUAUGAAUUUAAAUGUUCUGUGUUCUCUUA